CGUCACGUCACGUCACGACUGUCAUUUUUUCUCACUUCUUUCUCAAUUUUCACUUUAAUGGCCUUUUUGUGACUGUUCAAAGUCGAUUUCAACGCCGCCAACAAAAUCCAAAUAAUCUUCGAAAAUGAGAAUUUACAAAGACAAAUUGACCGGUGACGAGAUGUUCUCAGACACUUACAAAAUCAAAUUGGUAGACGAAGUGAUCUACGAAGUGUACGGCAAACAUGUGACGCGUAAAAACGGAGACAUCCAGCUGGCGGGGGCGAAUCCUUCGGCCGAAGAAGCCGACGAAGGCACCGAGGAUGGUGUUGAGAGCGGCGUUGAUAUCGUUUUGAACCACAGGCUAGUGGAAAGCUUUGCUUUUCCAGACAAGAAAUCCUAUAUGUUGUACUUGAAGGACUACAUGAAAAAACUAAUUCCCAAACUAGAACAAGACGCCCCAGAUCAAGUAGCCGUAUUCAAGAACAACAUAAACAACACAAUGAAAGAUAUCUUGUCCAGGUUUAAAGAAUUGCAAUUUUUCACUGGAGAAUCUAUGGAAAUCGAAGGAAUAGUUGGAUUAAUGGAAUACCGGGACAUUGACGGCGACUCAGUGCCAGUAAUGAUGUUUUUGAAACAUGGUUUAGAUGAAGAAAAGUUUUAAAUUUUAUUUUGGUCUCGUUUAGGAAUCCUUUUUUUUUUUAAUUUAUUACAGUGUCAAAAACAAUUUAUUUAUGUAAUUUUUUACAAUAUAUUGUCUAUUUUGUAUAUGAAAAAAGAAACUUUGCUUUUUUAAUGAAUAACGGAAAAAUUUAUUGAUUCCCUGUAAUGGGGCCCAUUAAUUCAUGCCUUAAAUAAUUUGUUUUUCAAAUAAAUACUCCAACUUAUAAGUUUCGCUUUAUUUAAUCAGAUCUUGCACAGUCAAAACUAUAUUCCGUAUUAUUUUUAAAUCUUAAUAAGGGCUACAUACAAUAAAGGUUAUUUGGUACACCUCGCACUGACUUAAUUUGUUUCCAAGAUACCGUACAGUGGGGUUACUUUGCCUAAAGGGGUAACUUUGGCAAGCAAUGUGUCUAUUAUAAAAAUAAAUGUUUUUACGUAAAAGUGGCAUUAUUGCAAGCCUAGUAAAUACUUUCCGUUCUCCGUUAGAAGCCGGUGCAUACAUCCCGCGCUUUUGUGAGUGUCAAACAAACCCAGUUAAAAUUAGGAGUUCAGCCUGAUGAGUUUUUAGUCACAUUUUUUUGUUUAAAUUCCCUAUUUUUAUUUAAUAAUCUGAUCUGACUAAAAUAUUGUUCAUAGUUUUAAUUUUAGGACUCUAUGUAAGAUUAAUCAUUAAUCUACAGUUUCAAAUAAAACUUAAUUUAACACAGCAUAGGUAUUUAUUAAAUUAUCUUAGUUAAAAGACAAAUGAUGUACAAUAAAAUUACAGUUAUCAAAAUAAAAUUUUCUACAUUUUUCUUUUAAAUAUAAUCUUGUUCUAUCCAUUUCAAAUAAAGCGUAAAAGUUAUGAGGAGCCCGAAUCAAAUUUCAAUCACUACUUAUGGGGGUUUUUCCAUUAUAUACUUCACUAGAUAGUAAUAAAUUCUUUGAUUCAGCAUGCUAAAAAAAAAUAAUACUGUCCUAACGUAACAAAUUAAAAAAAUCUUUGGUGCGAGUCUUUAUCAUUUAUGUAUGUUGUGCAACAAUAAUUUAUUCCUAAAUAAAUAAUCUGCACUUUAGAGUUUUGUUUGGAAGAAAUCUCCAUAUUUAAACAAUUAUAUAUUUUUUUUUUUUUAACUACCUAUCACAUAAUCCUAACAUUAACAUUAUUAAGUACUUUGAAUAAAAUAAUACUCUUUGGAUCAAUUGAACGAAGAAAGCUAUCUCAAUCUUGAAUAAACACAUUAAACAUUAAAAACAAAUAUCACAAUAAAUAUUAGAAGGGUUUCCAUUUGGCCUGCUGAAAGUAGCUAUAGUUGGAGGAAAUUUAUGCUCCAUUUCUGUAGGUGCAGUUUUAAAAAGCUGGAGGCAUAUAUGAACAAAAUAUCAAUAGUAACCAUUGAUUGGAGCGUCUCUAGAAACAUUAAAUAUGGAAGAUUUAUGAAUAUGUUUAUGAUUUUACAAGGGGGUUAAACCAUCUAGAGUUGAAAUUAGGCCAGAGUAAUUUACAAAGGUGAAAGAAAAUUUUUGUUAAUUUUUUGUUAACAAGAUAUUCAAUAAAAUUUGUCUACUGUCAAUGAUUUUUUCAGCUUCCUGCCAUCCGAAAUGAAAUCCCUCCACAAAAAUUUAAAAUACCGGAGAUAAGUUCAACGUCAAACUUUGCAAGGUCUUGUUUCUGAUGGCAGAACGAUUGGCUCUGGCCGAUUUGAUGAUUUGCAAUACCAUCAAUUUGCAGUCCAGACAUACAACCAUUUGAGAACCCUGAAGAGUCAUUUAUCAACUGAAAUUAUUAUUUUUUAAAAUUUAUUCACUCACCUUUAAUCUAUCCACUACUCUAGAAGCCCUAGCAACAUUAGUGGCAUUUGUGCGAAACUUGUAAAUCGCAGGUUGAGUGAUACCAGGGUCACUUAUAGUGCUGGCUUCCAUCAAUGCAGAAGGGCUGUUAUCUUUGGAAACAGCUCUAGAAGAGUUGCCACUCCUGUUAAAUUUAUUCGAGGCUAUCAAUCAAUAAUCAAAAAAACUACCUUAUUUACCUAUGAUCAUCUUCAGGUGUACACAAAAUGCUGGGACUCAACAAUACAACCGGAACGCUACUGAAAUGCUCCAUGGGAAUAUUCAUUUUCGAAUAACAUUUGGUGCACACUGUGCGCUUGCAGAGGGCGCAUCGUUGGCCCCAAGGCCCGAAUAUACCGAAUCGGGUUUUCAAACACAAAAAACAAACUUUUCUGCUUUCCACGUCGUGCCGCACUCUGCCCUCGGUGGGCAGAGCCUCCACCUCGGCUUUAGUGAGCACGGUGCGGAUGUGUACGAUUUCGGAUAGGGUCAAAGACAAACGGUCGUCCAGAGAAAUAGUGUCUUGCCAUCUCUGUGAACUGGUCAGCUCUUCUUGAAGUGCCCGAGCUACCUCAGGUUCCAUGGCCAUUGUUUCUGAUUCGGUACUGUUGCAGGAUUGUCUCGAGCCUGGUCGUGAUUGGGGCACUGAAUAACAACCUAAAGGUGUUUCUGUAAC